AUGAAAGGUUUGAUUAUCCAUGUUCGAAGUACUACUACCCAAAGAACCAGAAAGAACCUUCAGUUUUUGUCACGGUUGAAGAAAAUUAGCGACAAAAUUUGGUCCAACCAGCCGGAUUCGAACCAACGGCCUAAGGAUUCGAUCAAGAAAAAAACGAAACGACAAAAAUCUAAUAUUGAGAAACAAGUAAUACCGUUGGAUGGUAUGAUCUCCAAGAUAAAUGAUUUGGAGACAGAGUGGAAAGAAUUACGUUCAGCAAAUGAUGAUGAAUGGGAGAAUAACGUUGCGUUAUACGAAGAUUGCCUGAGGGAGGGAGACAGUCUAUUUGAUAAAGGAACUAAGAUUUAUUGUGAAAGAGCUCCACUUUUUACUAAACUGAAUCGAGUAAGUAGAACAAUCGUAGAAGUUAAAAUGAAGUACGAAAAGACAGAUCAUGGACCAGCAGCAACAGAGGGGUAA